AUGGUGCUGGGGAGAGACCUCUCUAAUAAGGAAAUCCUGGAGCAGGAAGAGUCCUUCCAGGAGGGUCAUUCCGACUUCCGGAGCCUACAAGCAAAGUUCCAGGCCUCCCAGCCUGAGCCCAGUGAGCUCCCCAAGAAACCCCCGAAGCCCGAGUUCAACAAAUUGCCAAAGAAGUUUCCGCAGCCUGAGUCAGGCGAGCACCCCAAGAAGGCCUCGCAGCCCGAGGUCACCAAUCGCCCCAGAAAACCCUCGCAGCCUGACUUCAAUGCAGGCCCCAAGAAGUUCCCACCACUGGAGACCUGUUCGUUUCCCAAAAAGCUCCUGCAGCCCGAGUUCAGCGAGACCCCUCGGAAGCCCCUGCAGCUGGAGCCCAGCAACCCCACCAGGCCACCCUCAGAACCCAAGUUCAGUGCCCCCCCCAGGAAGCUCUGGCCACCCGAGUCCAGUGAGGCCACUCUGAAGCCCCCACAGCUCGAGUUUGGGACCUUUCCCAAGAAGCCCCCACCUCCUGAGUCUGUUGUGCACCCCCGCAAGCUCUUGCAGCCUCAGGUCAGCAGUCUCCCUAAGAAACCCCUGCCACAGCCUGAGUUCAGUGAGGCCCCGCAGAUGGGACCCUCGAGGCCGGAACACAGUGAGCCCCACCCUCACUCCCCAAAGCCCGAGUUGGGUGCAUUUCCCAAAAAGGGCGACCACCCCAGGAAGCCCCCGCAGCCCGAGUGUGGCGACCGCCCCAGGAAGCCCCCGCAGCCCGAGUUCGGCGAUCUGAUCAGGAUAGCCUCAGAGCCCGAGGUCAGCAUGUUCCCCAAGAGGCCGCAGCAGCCGGAGCUCCAUGUGCUGCACAAGAAAGCCCCGCAGGCCGAGCUGGGCUCCCUGCCCAGGACAGCCUCGGAGCCCGAGUUCAACUCACUGCCGAGGAAGUUCCUGCAGCCCGAGGGCCACAAGCUACCCCGCAAGUUGUCGCAGCCCGAGGCCUGCGCCCUGCCUCGGAAGCACCCCCAAGGCGAGUUCUUGGGUGACCUCCCUCGAAAGCCCCCACUCCCUGGCUCGGUCUCAGAGAGCUCACUGCCCACUGCCACGGGCAGCUCUGGUGCCAGGUUCCCACUCAGCCCUGGGUUCAGGACCCCUCUAGGAGGGCAGCGGCGCCUGGGGGCCCUGGCUCACAGUGGAGGCGUGAGGUCAGGCCACCCACCCCGGCGCAGGCCUCUGCCCCCUGCCUGCAGCCUGGGACCCCCUCCUCCCAAGCCUCCACUGCCCCCAGGCCCCCCGGACAUCCAGAGCUUUUGGAGACCCUCAGCGGCCUCAGCCACAGCCCUGCAGAGGAGCCGCUCCGCAGCUGCGCUCCACUCCCACGCCCGACAGCCUGCAGCCAUCCCCCAGGACUCGGAGGAGCUCUACGAACUCUAUGACGACGUGGAGCCAGAGGUCCCCAGGCUGGGGAGCAGAGAUGAAGUGGCAGCCCCUCCACAGCAGGGCCCCAGGCGGCCUCCACAGGACUUGGAGCUCAGGAAGGAGAAAGCCCCUCAGCCCCAGCAGUUGCCACCUGCUGACCUGAAAUCUCUGAAGCAGAUGAGGAAGGCGGAGAAAGCAGAGAGAGAGUUCCGGAAGAAGUUCAAGUUUGAGGGGGAGAUUGUGAUCCAGACGCGGAUGAUGAUUGACCCCAAUGCCAAGACGCGCCGCGGAGGCGGCAAACACCUGGGCAUCAGGCGCGGGGAGAUCCUGGAGGUCAUCGAGUUCACUAGCAAGGAGGAGAUGCUGUGCCGAGACGCCAAGGGCAAGUAUGGCUACGUACCCAGGACAGCUCUGCUCCCCCUGGAAACGGAGGUAUAUGAUGACGUCGGAUUCUGGGACCCUCUGGACAGCCAGCCACUGCCCCAGGGACAGUAA